AUGGAGGCCAUUCCUACACUACGAAGAUAUGCUCUGGCACAAUGCCGACGCCCAAGCCGUUUUACGUCACCGAUUUACCUUGACUUCCUUGCCCCGACGGCCCUCCGGUCGCAACGGCGACAAGCGUCCAGCAGCGGGUCUACCGGAGCCCCGAAACCGCGAUAUGUCCUCAGCAGAAAGCAGCGCGAAUUCUUGGACAGUGCACUGCGCGUCAAUCAAGCUGGUGAACUCGCUGCGACCCUGAUCUACAAGGCUCAGAGCCCGCAGGUGGUUCGCUCCUACCCACACCUUCGACCCUUGAUGAAGCACAUGUACGACCAAGAAGCAGGCCACCUGAAGGUCUUCAACAAUCUUGUGGCUAAGCAUGAAAUCCGCCCGACUGCGAUGUACCCGAUAUGGGAGGUCGCAGCCACAUUCUUGGGAUGGUCGACCGCAGCCCUGGGUCGCGAGGCGGCGAUGGCAUGCACCGAAGCAGUGGAAACCGAGAUUGGGUCACAUUACAACGAACAAGUGAGGGAGAUCUUGAUGUGGGAGGCGGAUGCCGAGCGCCGAGGGGAGGAGCUUGAUGAGGAACUCAAGGAGAUGCUGGCAACCUUCCGGAGGAUUCGUGAUGAGGAGCUGGAACAUCUGGAUCACGCUGUGGCUAAUGACUCCAAGGAGGCCAAGCCAUAUGAUCCAUUGGUGGACGCUAUUCGUCUGGGUUGCAGAACUGCCAUCAAGAUUAGUGAGAAGGUUUAA